AUGAGUACUGAGCUGAUAUUCCGCCUUGCUCAAACCAGCGAUUUUGACGAGAUCCUAAUACUAUCAGAGGGUGUUUAUGAUGGCCAAGACUAUCUUCCAGUCAGAUUUCAUAACUGGAUGCAAAUGGACAACGUUGCGGUGAUGUUAGCUCACGCGAGCAAAAAACUUGUUGGACUAGUUCAGUGCUCGUUUGUUAACGAUGGAAGAACAGCAGUUCGACAGGCCGCCAGGACAUUACUGGAGUUUCGUGGUCAGGGUGUUUACAAACGGCUAUCAGAAGCAAUGAACGAAUUCGUGCGAAGACAAUACCCGAAUGUACAGCGAGAGAUAUUCGCAUCCACAACGUGUCCUUCCCCCGCGAGAGAAAUUACACAGAUGACAAAUAUAAGGACAUCUGCUGUAAAUAGGAGUCUUUUGGCGCUCAAUUCUCUUAAAGUUAAUUUCUCAGAUCUGAUAGAGCCUUGUGCGAAAGAGUACCUCUGUGACACAAUCUUUUCAAGCUCUGUUGCGCAGAAAUUGUUUCCCGAUAACUCCAUUGUGCUUGAUUGGAUUCCCAUGGAGGCUUCACAAUCAAAUAUCGAUCAUUUCCAACGUGAACUCGGUCAAGAUUUCUAUUUCGCUGUCGACAAAUGUGGCGAAGAUGGUAUUCCCAGAUCUGUCAGUUUUGGUGCUCUGUCACCAAGGGUAGGAUGCACUGAUUGGACUGUUACUAUUUAUACGAGUGAUCCAAGCUUAUACGAAGCUCAAGUUACUCAUCAACUACAGCAUGCGUUCAAUGUUAUUGAAGGCGAGUUUUUUAUCUCUUUCACCCAAGACAAAAGUUUGUCAAAUCGAGGGAGAAGACUUCUCAGAGAAUGUUUGCCUCAAGUAGAAUUUGACAAAGCAUGGUCCACUUUCUUCCUCUGUGAAAAUGUGAUUCAAUCCCAAGGGGCAUAAACGAAAAACCAAACAAUAGUUAUGAAGGCCCAAAUCGUACUUGGAACACUUAAUGGAGCUGGGUAACCUGCGGAGCCAUAAGAUAAUCCAUGCCAUGGUAUAUCUUCAUACUUGAAUCUUUGGAC